AACUGUAUUUGAGUUAUAUUUAUAGUAGAUACAGGAAGUUAGCUGUUUUCAAGGCGGUGUAUGUACUAUUAUUUUCACCGAGACGUCCUUGAGUCUUCGUCUGCUCUGUUUUUCACCAGUAUCCAUUUACUGUUUAGCUUUUCCCCUUCAGUAACUUAGGUUAACAGGAAUAUCUCCAUCAUGGGGUUUCUGCUCUCCAAAUCCAUGGAUGCAAACUUCAAAAAGCAGCAGGAGUUCAUGCUUCACAAUGCACGUUUGCAGAUGGAGCGUCAGAUCAUGAUGCAGAACCAGAUGAGGGAGAGGCAGAUGGCUAUGCAGAUCGCCUGGUCCAGAGAGUUCCUCAAAUACUUUGGCACCUUUUUUACAGUGGCCACAGUGGGGCUCACUGUGGGUGCUAUGAAGAGAAAGAAACCAGCACUAAUGGCCCCUCUUGUUCCUCUCGGCUUCAUAUUUGCCUACCAGAUGGACAGCGCCUAUGGGACACUGAUUUAUCGAAUGAGAGAUGAGGCUCAAAAUAUCAUGACCUCUGAACCCGACCGAUUGGACUUGCCUCACGGGACUCCGACCUUCAAUAGCAUAGAGAAGGCCCGUCGUGCCAAAAGCACACUCACCUCCUUCUUGGAGGAAUGAUGCAAAAUGAUUCACCUGAGCUGCGUUUGCUUAAUUAUAUCAACUCAUUGCCUUUUAAAUUUCAUUGGAUAUAUUUUUGCACUAAUUGUAUAUAAUGGUACUUGAAUCAGAGACAAUAUUUAAACAUUAAUGAUUUGAAACUGUCUUCAAGGAGCAUCAGUAGCCAAGCACACAUUAAAGGACUUUGUACAUCAGAUCUGCUUUUACUGAAGUAACUCUUUAAAUGUGGGUGUUACGGGUGAAAGUUGUAAUGUAAUUCAGUUAGGGUCUUUAUCACAUCUAAGUCAGGAUCAUAUUUAUUUUUAUACUGAAUGUAUUUGGUUUGUUUUGUUUUUACAUGAGUACGUCCUGUCCUCAUCAUCUGUGUCCAUGUGUCUGAUAUCCUUCAGUCUUUUCCCCUGUGAUUGGUCUGAAGGUUUUAACUGUCCAUCAACUGUCUUCACUGAACCAUGGUUUCGUUUCAUCCAGACCAAAACCACCUUUUUACAGUCAGAUAUAGAGCGACUGUUCGGUCCGUACCUUGGUCCGGGGGAUGUUUCACACAUGCACAUUUGGUCCUGACAGUUCACACAAAACUAGGUAGGUGUGACAGCACCCUUAGAGGCAAUGAGUAAUUGAGCGAUCUGUUUAUGUUUCAGAGUCUUCAUUAAAGCUCCAUUAAAUGAUUUUUUUUCCACAUCAUAAAACAUUCUGUAAUUGCACAUGAUUGGUCAUUAUCGUCUCAUGACAGCAGUUGUUCAUGCUAGUGCACGGAAGUGUCUAAUAUUAAUUCAAUUUAAGUUAUUUUCAGCUAAUAUACUUUACUUUUCAGCCACUAUACAUUAAUAUGGAGACUGGUAAGAGCCAAAAAGUUGAAUAGGGCAAUUAUUUAGAGCAGUGGUUCUCAACCGGUCUGGCAUCGGGAGCCACUGUCACCCCUAAAUGACAAGCCACGACUCAAAUUGAUAAAAGGUAAACUUCUCAAAUGUAUUUAAUAAAAAAAGAUGGUGUGUUUUGAACCUGAGAUGAUAUAGAAUAUCACAGUAUGCCAACAGAGAAGACAAGUUUAAUGAUAAACCAAAAUGACCAGCAGGUGAUGAUGCUAAAGAGGGACAGAUUCCCCUUAACACUAAAGUAGGUACAUUUUAACCAAAACCAAAAAGUGUGCUCAGUUAAAAAUCAAGUGCUUUCAGUCACUUAUUCAUAAAUUAUUUCAAAUUUAAUCAUAAAGCUGACAUAACAAUCAGAACAUUUGAGUAACAGCCAUUUUUAACGCACUCUGUGUUUUCAUGCAAAAUGAAUUCAAUUAAUGAAGUGCAUCUAGUGUUUCUCAACAUUAUUUUUUGUCCAGGCAAAGGCCUGCGACCCGUUGAAAGCAGAGUGGGUCGUGACCCACCAGUUGAGAAUGACUGAUUUAGAGUGACACAGCUCUGAGCAGCAUGUGGAAAAAUCCUUGUGUGUCAAAAGAUUCUUACUUGGAAUUAGUGUGCAGCUGGUAAAGGACUUUUUACUAAUGACACUGACAUUAAACUUUAAAAAAUCACAUAAUGGAGCUUUGAUUGUAACAGAACAAAAAAAAGUUCAGACCAAGACAUUUUGUUGGGGUCAAAUAAUUGCUAACAAGUAUUAUGCCAAAAAAGUGCUGUUACCAUUGGUGCACUUGGAAUGAUUUUUUUUUAUCAUGAUCAUGUUAAAACAUGUAUGUAAACAUAUGAUGGUAGAAUGUAUCCACUGAUGAAAAGUGUAUUUGUUACAUCAGUAAAGAAGAUAUUUUACAAAGC